AUGACCGCACUACAGGCAACUUCUAGAUGGGCUGUCUCGGGAACCCCGAUCCAGAGUAGCCUGCUCGAUUUUUAUGGCAUGUUCAAAUUCCUUCACUUCUCCCCAUACGACGACCCAACAAUUUUCGACGACGAUGUCACGAACUUGUCGCGUGUCAGGCUCGCCGAGGAAGCUGCUGAGGUUUUCAAGAAAUUGCUGUCGUGCGUCAUGAUACGCCGAACAAAAGCUAUCUUGGACCUGCCCAGCAGAGAUAACAAACUAAUUCGUGUGCCGUUUAGUCAUGAGGAGGAGAAACAUUAUCGCCAAAUCGAGUAA